CUCAACCGGUCGCAGAUCAUCCUUCUUGGUUGCAGUCCCCGUCCUUCUAACCGAUGGAAAGCCUCGGAAAUCGGCGGGAAUACUCGGCCAGGAACCUCUGCAUCACCCUCGGGGAUCUUUGCGGGCGAUCACGUUACAGAAGCUGGCCCUCAAUAAUAUCCUCACAACACAACCACAACUCCCCUCACUCCUUCUCUUACUCUGCACACCUCACCUAGAUCUGCGCUUGUCGUUGAGAAUUGGUUUCUCCGCACCUCAUCUAAUAAAUUCUCAAUUGAUUUCUUACCUGCGGCCGAGAGCAUCUGAAAAUGAGUGUAUCGCGAGCUUUCGCCCUUGCGCGGAGGGGUACUGCUCCCAGGUCAUGCCGCUCACCUGCGCAGCUUUCCCGAUUUACCAAGACGUUCUCGACCAGUCUACGACGAGAUGAUACCUGGGGAUUUAUUGGGCUGGGCCAGAUGGGCUACAACAUGGCCAAGAAUCUACACGCAAAGAUUCCCCCGACGGAUACACUUUUGAUUCGUGAUGUCAAUGAGGAAUCAACGAAACGCUUUCUUCAAGAGGCGAGCGAGACUGCGAAAGGUGCGGGCGCUAAUGUUUCCACCCGACCCAAAGUUGAAGCUGCGGAUAGCGCGAGAGAUCUUGCGGAGAGGUCGAACGUGAUCAUAACCAGUCUCCCGGAGCCCCAGCAUGUCAAGGAUGUUUUCCAUUCCAUGCUUCGUCAAGGAAAACUGCCUGCAUUGGACAAGGAACGAGUGUUCAUUGAUACCUCGACAAUUGACCCAGCUUCUAGCAAGGAGGUCGCAAGCGCAAUCCAUACAACUGAGCAAGGACGAUUCGUUGAUGCACCAGUUUCCGGCGGCGUUGUGGGAGCCCGCGCCGGGACCCUCUCUUUCAUGUUUGGGGCAUCGUCUCAAACGGGAGAACUUGUGGACCGUGUCAAGGCCAUUCUACUUCUCAUGGGAAAGAAGGCGUGGCAUAUGGGUGAAGCAGGGACAGGUGUCUCAGCUAAACUAGCGAACAACUACAUCCUAGCUAUUACCAAUAUUGCGACGGCGGAGGCUAUGAACCUCGGGAUGCGUUGGGGUCUUGAUCCUAAGGCCCUGGCAGAAUUGGUCAGUGCCUCCACUGGCCGGUGCUGGCCAAUGGAUGUGAACAACCCCGUUCCUGGUGUCGUUGAGGGAGCACCAGCCUCGCGCAACUACGAAGGUGGAUUUGGGGUCAGUCUUAUGAACAAGGACCUGCGGCUCGCUCUUACUGCUGCGAAAGAGUCUGGUAGUCCUCUGGCGCUGGCUGAGGUGGCACAGAUUAUCUACAACGUGGUAGAAUCGGAGCAUCGGGGCAAGGACUUUUCUGUGGUGUACAAAUGGCUGCAGGAUCAGUCACCACCUCAAUGAUGGUAUUGCAUGAUCAUAUUCGGCGUUCUAUUAUACUUGCAAUAUUACCCUUCUUUGUUAACCUCCGUUGUAGGGCUCGAUAUCUUGUUAGUUACUCAGCCCAUCCCAUUUACUUUGUCCGUUAUAGUGCCCUAGAUUGGAUAUCAAGCCACUACUUGGUAGUAGCUUGUUGGAUUAACUAGGUGUCUAUGGAUAUAUAUGCAGCUGGAUUAUGCUCGCCGUAUUACUAUUCAAACAAAAGACAUGAAUCUGGCACUGUGCCAGUAGAAGAAAUUAUCUGAUGGAAGAUUCCCUUGUGUUUAUGGCGACGUUUCCGUGACCUUCUCCCCCUAGAGACGUGAAAGUUGCUCACAGUUCAUUGGUAUAUAUGCACCCCACACUUCACGACAUAAACAGACCUGGCGAGGCCUUAACUUUAAUAGUUCAAGCUUUUCCAAGCCUUUUUUCUGUUACUCCCACAACUUGGC